UACAGUUACGGCUAAGCAGCCGUAAGUGAAGGUUGUGCGAAGCAAAGUUAACAAGUAUUUAUAAGUCGCCGACAAGGAUAGUGCGCGACAAACAUGAUUAUUACGACCAAAUUGGUAGCGAUAUGCUUGGGCUUAGCCCUUGUCGCUUUCACGACGUCCACGAUCGUUUUGGCUGUGCAGAAGGCGAAUUUGCAAGAUGAACUGGAUGCGCUGAAAGACUCUCUCACCACCACCACCACCACUACAACAACUACUGUGGUUACUCCCACCACAGCGAGUACAAGCAGUCAGCCAGCAACAACACCAACUACAACUAUUCCCGCUGUAACUACAACAACCGCAUUACCUGAUACUACAACAACGGCGCCGGAAAUUAUCGACUAUAGACUGCCCGACAGCGUUUUUCCCAUCAACUAUAAUCUUUAUCUGCAUCCGGAUAUCGAGACGGGCAACUUUACCGGCCAAAUGCUCAUACGCGUGAACACCACCAGAAGUAUUGACAAAAUUGUAUUGCAUUCCAGCAAACUGGUGAUCAACAAUGUGUAUUUGUCGAGUACAAACAAUCCAACUGUCUAUGUGAAGAACUAUUACCUGGACUUGGUGCGUGAAUUCUUAGUGAUCGAAUUGAGCGAAGAGUUGCCGGCUGAACGUGCCUUCUAUGUUGGCAUACUGUUUGAGGGCACUAUGGCUGGUAAAAUUGUUGGACUCUAUAGUUCAUCGUAUCUGAAGGCGGAUAAUACGCGAAAAUAUAUUGCCACAUCUAAGUUUGAGCCCACCUAUGCGCGGCUCGCUUUCCCCUGCUUCGAUGAACCAGCCCUGAAAGCGACUUUCGAUGUGACUUUGGUGUAUCCCUCAGAGGGUGAUUACCAUGCGCUCUCCAAUAUGGAUAUUGCGGGCGAAUCCUACCAAGGUAAAUAUACGGAGGUUUACUUCAACCGCAGCGUGCCGAUGAGCACAUACCUGGCAUGCUUCAUUGUUUCCGACUUCGAAUAUAAGUCGGCGGUUAUCGAUACUAACGGUAUUGGCAAUCCAUUCACAUUGCGUGCCUUUGCAACACCCGAGCAGCUGGAUAAAGUCGAUUUCGCCUUGGACGUUGGCAAAACCGUGAUCGAGUAUUAUAUACAGUAUUUCCAAGUGGAAUAUCCACUACCAAAGCUGGACAUGGCCGCUAUACCGGAUUUCGUCUCUGGCGCUAUGGAGCAUUGGGGUCUGGUGACAUAUCGUGAAACUUCGUUGCUCUAUGACGAAGCUGUGAGCUCGACGGUGAAUAAACAACGUGUUGCUAGCGUUAUCGCCCAUGAGUUCGCGCAUAUGUGGUUUGGAAAUUUAGUUACUAUGGAUUGGUGGAACGAUUUAUGGCUUAAUGAGGGUUUUGCGAGCUACAUUGAAGAUAAGGGCGUUGAGGCGAAGUUCCCUGAAUGGAAAAUGCGCGAUCAAUUCAUUACUGGCACUCUUCAUCCUGUACUCACAUUGGAUGCCACACUCGGUGCACAUCCCAUUAUACAAACUGUAGCUAAUCCCGAUCAAAUCACGGAAAUAUUCGAUACCAUCACCUACUCGAAGGGUGCCUCGUUAAUACGUAUGUUGGAGGAUUUCAUUGAACCAGAUAAUUUCCAAAAGGCUGUUACGAAUUACCUGAAUGAGUACAAAUAUAAGAAUGCGGUGACCGAUAACUUUUUAACAGAAAUCGAAAAAUUGAAUUUGGGUUUCGAUGUGAAAUCAAUUAUGAACACCUGGACAGAGCAAAUGGGUUUGCCGGUGGUGGAGGUAGAACAAAUAAGCACUACCCAAUACAAAUUGACACAGAAACGCUUCUUCUCCAAUCCCGACGACUACGAAGGCGUCUAUGAUGAUUCGGCUUUCAAUUACACCUGGUCUAUUCCAAUUACUUACAAAACGAAUACUCUAACUGACGUUAACAGAGCGUGGUUCUACUACAAUGAAUCGGAAUUAAUCAUUGAACUGAGCGCCGCACCACAAUGGAUUAAAUUCAAUUACGAUCAGAUAGGCUACUAUCGUGUUAACUAUCCAGCAGCUUUGUGGGAAAACUUGGCGAAUCAACUGAUAGAUGAUCCAACUAAAUUCUCAGUUGGCGAUCGUGCUGGUCUCCUCAACGAUGCUUUCACACUAGCCGACGCCACUCAACUCUCCUACGAUACAGCUCUAGAUAUGACUGCGUACCUAGCUAAGGAGGUGGAUUAUGUACCCUGGAGUGUGGCUGCAUCGAAGCUUACCUCACUUAAACGUCUGCUGAUGUUUACCGAGGUGUUUGGCGAUUACAAACAAUAUGCUCGCGAAUUGAUCAAGCCAAUUUAUGAGAAUGUUACAUGGACGGUGGGCGAAGAUCACUUACAGAACCGCUUACGUGUCACGAUUCUCGCAGCCGCCUGUUCGCUCGGUCUUGACGAUUGUCUAAAUGAAGCGAGCACACGCUUCAACGCUUGGCUGGCAAAUCCUGAUACGCGCCCACAUCCGGAUAUACGUGAAACUAUCUACUAUUAUGGCGCCUUUGCUGCUAAUGAAAGUGCUUGGCAAACCAUGUGGGAUCUUUUCGUAAGCGAAGCGGAUGCCAGUGAGAAAUCGAAACUAAUGUACGGUCUGUCGGCUGUACAAGUGCCAUGGAUACUGGGCAAUUACAUCAAUCUCGCUUGGGAUGAGAACAAUGUGCGAGGUCAAGAUUACUUCACUUGCAUACAAUAUAUUGCCGCUAAUCCAGUGGGUGAGCCUAUUGUCUGGGAUUAUGUACGCGAACAUUGGCCGGAUCUGGUGGAUCGUUUCGGUUUGAAUGAACGCUAUUUGGGCAGCAUGAUACCAUCCAUAACCGCGCGUUUCGAUUCACAAACGAAGUUGGAGGAAAUGCAACAAUUCUUCGCUAAAUAUCCGGAAGCCGGUGCGGGCGCUGCGGCACGUGUGCGUGCGCAGGAGACCGUUAAGAACAAUAUUGCAUGGUUGGCGAACAACAAAGCCAAUAUUGCAGCGUGGUUGGAGAAAAACUCAGCAUUGCUGACAGCUAAAGUUAUUGCAAUAUGCCUUGCACUUGCCACAACGGCUUUCAUGGUCUCAACCAUUGUUCUGGCCGUACAGAAGGCGGAUUUGGAGGAUGAAUUACAAGAUGCUUUGGAUAAAUUAGAUGCAACCACCACGCUACCCACUACACUGCCCACAACGCCUACGACGCUUACGACACCUACAACGCUUACAACACCAACGACGGCAGCACCAAACAAUCCAACACAAACUACUGCUCAGCCUGGUAAUCCAACGGAUCCAACCAAUCCAACGACUGUUACUGUAUCAACACCGACAGAAACCACACGUACCACACACGGUGCUAUUAUCUAUCGUCUGCCAACCGAUAUUCGUCCAGUCAAGUAUCGUAUUUAUUGGCAUCCGAAUUACGAAACGAACACCUGCGAAGGUUCCGUGACCGUACAAAUCGAAAUUGAUGUACCCACAAAUUUGGUUGUGUUGCACGCGAAGGAUCUGGAGAUCGGCGGUAUUACAAUUCUCAAUGUAAUGGCAUAUAUGCGCAUUCGUGUAAAGUCGUUUACCUUGAGUGAGGAACGUGAACUACUCAUCAUCGAAUUGGAGGAGUUGUUGCGUACGGCCACACCGUAUGUGGUCAAUAUUGACUUCACCUGCCAAUUGAGUGGCUUAAGCGGCAUGUACUCAAGUACUUACAAGGAUGAAACAAAUGCCGACAGAAUGUACCCGCAAUCAAAAGUGCCACCGGUUCGGCCGCGUUCCAGUUUAUCAACAGACGAUCAUCAUUACCGCAUACGUGACUGUGAUGCACGACAUGUACGCAAAAAACCGAAUAACGCGUUCAUAACACUUGUCGGUUUUUGUUUGGUACUUUUCGUGUUGUGCGCAUUCCUGCUGGGUGCGCUCAUUUACGUCGGUAGAAAUAUUGUGAACGCGCCCGCUUAUACGUCAGCAGCUGUGGCAACACCAGCAGCCGGCGAAUAUUUGACAAAUGAACAGCUGAUAUCACCAGCAAAUUUAUCAAUUUUGCGAAUUAGAACAACAACGGAUUAUUCCACAUCCUCGGCGACACAUUCCACGUCCAAUAUCAAUAUGAAAUCAGCAACUUUAGCCAUUGAACCAGCCAUAGCAGCCGCUUCCAAAGUAUUGCAGAAAUUAAGUUUUCGUCUGCCAAAAGAAAUACGACCACACCAGUAUAAAUUACUUUUACAACCCGAUUUGGUGAAUAAAACAUAUCAAGGCAGUAUUACUAUAAAAUUGGAAGUGUUGAAACCAAUUUCUUAUAUACCAGUCCAUGCGAAAACAUUGAAUGUAACCACAGAAGAGGUCAUGCAGCUGGGUGAAGCUGAUGCGCCACUCAAUAAACUGACACCCACCUUGACCUUUGCACACCCAGCUUUGGAAUAUUGGGUGACUGAAUUCACAGAUCCUUUACAAGUCGGCAACUAUUCAUUGCGUUUGGCAUUUAACGGUUCGCUCACUGACCGUAUUGUUGGUUUUUAUGCAUCUUCAUAUUUGGAUACCAAAACAAAUCAACGCAGAUGGAUAGCCACCACAAAAUUCGAACCGACUUAUGCGCGCACUGCCUUCCCUUGCUUCGAUGAACCGGCGCUGAAGGCCUCCUUUAUUAUCACUGUAGUACGGCCCACCAAUGGUGGCUACCACGCGUUGUCCAAUAUGCCUGUUCAGAGCGAAGUGGUGAACGGUGAUAUUACGGAAGUAACAUUCGAACAAAGUGUACCGAUGAGCACCUAUCUAGCCUGCAUGAUUGUAUCCGAUUUUGCUUCUCAAUCUAAGACCGUUAAUGGUACCUUAUCGGGUGCUCAAGAUUUUGAGAUGCGCGUUUUCGCAACAUCCAAUCAAAUUGAGAAGGUUUCUUAUGCUUUAGAAACCGGUGUUGGAAUUACGGAAUAUUACAUUGACUAUUUCAAAGUAACAUAUCCGUUGCCCAAACUGGAUAUGGCUGCCAUACCAGAUUUUGUAUCGGGUGCCAUGGAACAUUGGGGAUUGGUGACAUACCGUGAGACUGCGCUGCUAUAUGAUCCAACAAUCAGUUCGAGUGCCAAUAAACAGCGUGUGGCUACAGUAGUGGCACAUGAAUUGGCACAUAUGUGGUUCGGAAAUUUGGUGACCAUGAAAUGGUGGAAUGAUUUGUGGUUAAAUGAAGGUUUCGCCAGCUAUAUUGAAUACAAGGGUGUGAAUAAAGUGCAUCCCGAAUGGGCUAUGCUUGAUCAAUUCAUUGUUGCUGAUCUGCAUGAUGUACUCGAACUGGACGCCACUUUGGCGUCACAUCCCAUUGUGCAAACGGUGGAAAGUCCUGCGCAAAUCACAGAGCUUUUCGAUAGUAUUACAUACUCGAAAGGUGCCUCCGUUAUACGUAUGCUGGAAGAUUUGGUGGGUGAGGAGAAAUUCCGCAAUGCUACCACGAACUACCUUACUAAAUUCUACUAUGCCAAUGCUGAGACAGACGAUUUCUUAACCGAAAUCGAAGCAUUUGAAUACGAUUUCGAUGUGAAAUUAAUUAUGCAAACAUGGACUGAACAAAUGGGCUUGCCGGUUGUUGAGGUUAAGAAGGAUGGCAAUACGUAUACGCUUACACAAAAGCGAUUCCUAGCAAAUCCAGAAGACUACAGUGCCGAUUUUGAAGUAUCCAAGUUUAACUACCACUGGUCCAUACCGAUAACUUAUUUCACCAGCGAGAACGCAGAGGUUGCACGCACAAUCUUCAAUUACAACGAUAAUGAAGUCAAAAUAACGCUGACUAACGCUGUCGAUUGGAUUAAGAUUAACAAAAAUCAAGUCGGUUAUUAUCGUGUAAAUUAUGCAGCCGAACAAUGGCAAGAACUGACAAGUGCGCUGAUUAAUGCACGCGGCCAGUUUAGCAAUGCCGAUCGUGCGCAUCUCAUCAAUGAUGUCUUCUCCUUAGCCGAUGCCGCACAAUUAGAAUACAGUAUUGCAUUGAACUUGUCACUCUACUUAGAAAAUGAACUGGAUUAUGUGCCAUGGAGUGUUGCCAGUGCGCGUCUUUCAGAUAUCAGAAGUCUACUCUACUAUACAGAUUCAUAUCGCGACUUUGUCGUUUUCGGACGGAAAUUACUUGCGCAAGCUUAUGAAAAUGUUGCGUGGAAUGUUAGCGACGAUCAUUUGGACAAUUUGGUACGUGUCAAAAUACUGAGUCUAGCUGGUCGAUUCGAAUACCAACCAAUGUUAACUGAAGCCGCCACACGCUUUACAGAGUGGUUAAGUAAUCCCAGCGUAAGACCCGAUCCUGAUAUACGCACGAUUGUAUAUUAUUAUGGCAUGCAAAGUGUAGGCAAUGAAAAUUCUUGGAAUCAAGUGUGGGAAUUGUUUAUCAGCGAGUCGGAUGCGCAAGAGAAAGUCAAAUUAAUGGAAGCUUUAGCGGCGGUGAAUUCACCAUGGAUUUUGCAACGUUACAUCAACUUGGCCUGGAAUGAGAGCUAUGUACGCGGUCAAGAUUACUUCACUUGCCUUACCUAUAUUUCGAACAAUCGCAUUGGUCAAAGUUUAGUGUGGGAUUAUGUACGCGAGAAUUGGUCACGUUUAGUUGAACGUUUUGGCAUCAACGAACGUUAUCUCGGCCGUUUAAUACCAUCAAUUACGGCAAGGUUUGUUACACAAACCAAAUUGGAAGAAAUGGAAGCAUUCUUUGCGAAAUAUCCUGAAGCGGGUGCUGGCACAGCAGCACGCAAGCAAGCAUUAGAAACAGUCAAAUUCAAUAUUAAAUGGCUGGAACAGAAUAAGGCGCAAAUAACUCAAUGGUUGGCCGAGCAAAAAGCGGCAGAUGCAAGUGCGAGCACUGAAUCCUCUACAACAACAACGGAAGCUGCUCGCAUCUAAAGUGUCGCCACAGCAUUUGUUAUUGUUCCACCCAAAGUCAUCAUAGCGUGAAUUUAUGAAAGCUUUUGUUUAUUUUUAUAUAAAUAUAAAUAGUAUUUUAACAGAUGUAUGAAUUUAUGUAAAUACUUUAAUGAAAGUGUGUAUAUUGUUAACUUUUAUUGAAGUCGAAAAUUGGAAAUGAAGACAAUAAAAUGAAAUUGUUUGUACAAUUACAAGUAUUUGUUGCGAAA